CGCGAAUGUUACCGAAGUAGGAAGUAUAUCAAUGAUGAGCUCGAGGAUGGAGGUUGGCUUUAUACCUGCCCACACUGUGUGGCAGAAUUCUCAACUCUCAGCCCUUUAUCAGCAUGCUGAGGAUGUUCCCUCUUGCUCAUACCUUGCCAAAGACCACGGGUGUUUGGCCAAGUUGGAACGUUUUAUAUCCCGCAAUCUGGAGUAUUAGCUCACUAUCAAUUCGGUCAUUCCCCAUCUACUUCUUUCACAGCCAGAAUCAACGAAGUUUUCGGGUUUCUUAACAUAGCUUGGGUUGAACCCCUAAACACUGAUGUGGACGUACUUGUCGUGAGACCCGCUCUCUAUCGAAAGGGGUUAGUUACCCUUGACUGGGCCUCUCGCUGGUGUCUGGAUACGAUCUUGAUCAUCCUUGGGCGCCUGCAAAACGUUUG